UGCGUGCGGGAAGGCCCCGGACGCGACCCAGGGGAGCCGGGGCUGCAGCCGCGAGUCCACGUCCCGCCCCCGGGCCCAGCGACCGCCCCCGCCGCCCAGCGACCGCCCGGGCCCUCGGGGGCGGGGACCGCGGGCCUUCCUGGUGGCGCGGCAGCCGGGCGGCUCCUCCUUCCCCCGGCCCUGGCGUGGAGCAGAGGGACACAGGUUUCCACGCUGGCGCCCGGCGACCGGGUGGGGCUGCGGAGGGGCCUCAGGAAAAUCGGGGCUGCCCAGCUGGUUCUGCAACUCCCCCCAGUUCUGAGGGAGGCUUCAGGGGAUUACAGACGGUCUCAAGAGGGCGGCUCAGCCAGUCCCGGGGCCCCUGAAUCCCCAUCAGGCCGCUCAGGCCCAGCCCAUGGAGGACUCCGGCGAGGACCCCACCACGUUUGCUGCCCACUCGCUGCCCAGUGACCCCCGUCUCUUGGCCACUGUGACCAACGCAUACCUGGGCACACGAGUGUUUCAUGACACGCUGCACGUGAGCGGCGUGUACAAUGGGGCUGGCGGGGACACGCACCGGGCCGUGCUGCCCAGCCCCCUCAACGUCCGGCUGGAGGCCCCUGCAGGGAUGGGGGAGCCGCUGACCGAGACCUUUGCCCUAGACACCAACACAGGCUCCUUUCUUCACACCCUGGAGGGCCCCCACUUCCGGGCCUCGCAGUGCAUCUAUGCGCACCGCACACUGCCGCACGUCCUGGCUUUCCGUGUGUCCAUCGCCCGCCUGUCCCCGGGGAGCGGGCCCAUCACGCUGCUGCUGUCCUCAGCCUUCUCCCCGGAAAGCCCAGACCUGGACCUGCACCAGGGUCCUGACUUUCAGGGAGCCAGGUACCUGUAUGGCCACACGCUCACCCCUGAGCAGCCCGGGGGGCCACAGCAGGAGGUACACAUGCUGUGGACACCAGCACCCCCAGACCUGACCCUUGGGGAAGGUGAGGAGGAAAGGACAUGGGACUUCCUGACGGUGGUGGGCGGCAGCCGGGCUGAGGCUCAGGCCUGCCUCACUGAGGCCCUGCAGCUGCAGGCCAGGGGAGCUCUGUACACGGCUCACGCACAGGCCUGGGCCCAACUCUGGGCAGAAUGUGGCUUGGACAUGGUGGGGCCCCUGCCGCUGCGCCAGGCCCUGCGUGGCUCCCUCUACUACCUGCUCAGUGCCCUACCCCAGCCCAAGGCCCCAGGAUACAUCUGCCAUGGCCUCAGUCCUGGGGGCCUCUCCAAUGGGAGCCGUGAGGAAUGCUACUGGGGCCACGUCUUCUGGGACCAGGACCUCUGGAUGUUCCCGAAUAUCCUGAUGUUCCACCCCGAAGCCGCCAGGGCCAUCCUGGAGUACCGCAUCCGCACGCUGGGCGGGGCCCUGGGGAAUGCCCAGAACCUGGGCUACCAGGGAGCCAAGUUUGCCUGGGAGAGUGCAGGCUCCGGCCUGGAGGUUUGCCCUGAGGACAUUUACGGAGCCCAGGAGGUCCAUGUCAACGGGGCCGUGGUGUUGGCCUUCGAGCUGUACUACCAUACCACCCAGGACCUGCAGCUCUUUCGAGAGGCUGGUGGCUGGGACGUGGUCAGGGCUGUGGCCGAGUUUUGGUGCAGUCGUGUGGAGUGGAACCCCAGGGAGGAGAAGUACCACCUGAGGGGUGAGGGCCACAGUGGGGAGGGGCUCAGGGAGGAAGGGUGGAUGUUCCCAGACUCAGCAGAUGUUUUCAGACACCUCACGUGUGCCAGCCCCACGCCGACCGCCGGCGUGGAGGGAAGGCCUCUGAGGCUCUGCACUGAGCACCAUCUUGGACUUGUGUGUCCAGGAGUCAUGUCCCCCGACGAGUACCAUUCAGGGGUCAACAACUCUGUGUACACCAACGUCCUGGUCCAGAACAGCCUGCGUUUUGCUGCUGCCCUGGCCCAGGACCUGGGUCUGCCCGUCCCCAGCCAGUGGCUGGCAGUGGCUGACAAGAUCAAGGUACCCUUUGACGUGGAGCAGAACUUCCACCCGGAGUUCGAUGGGUAUGAGCCUGGAGAGGUGGUGAAGCAGGCAGAUGUCGUGCUCCUGGGAUACCCCGUCCCCUUCUCCCUGAGUCCUGAUGUUCGCAGGAAAAACCUGGAGAUUUACGAGGCUGUGACAUCCCCCCAGGGCCCCGCCAUGACCUGGAGCAUGUUUGCUGUGGGCUGGAUGGAGCUGAAGGACACAGCGCGGGCCCGGGGCCUCCUGGACAGGAGCUUUGCCAGCAUGGCUGAACCCUUCAAGGUGUGGACGGAGAAUGCAGACGGGUCAGGUGCUGUGAACUUCCUGACAGGCAUGGGGGGCUUCCUGCAGGCGGUGCUCUUCGGGUGCACGGGGUUCAGGGUCACCCGAGCAGGUGUGACCUUUGACCCCGUGUGUGUGUCGGGGAUCUCCAGAGUGAGCGUCUCUGGCAUCUGCUACCAGGGAAACAAGCUCAACUUCUCUUUCUCCGAGGACUCCGUGACCGUGGAGGUCACGGCCCGAGCAGGGCCCUGGGCUCCCCGCCUGGAGGCUGAGCUGUGGCCGUCCCAGGCCUGCCUCUCCCUGUUGCCAGGACACACGGUCUCCUUUCCCCGCUCGGCUGGCCAGAUACAAAGGUCACCCGCGAAUCUGCCUGGGAGUUCCAGCUCCGGGUUCCCUGGGAGGACUUUUUGAAGAUGUUGGGUACCUGCUCCAGAGCCGCAGGGCCCCCUCUGGGUCACCCUUGGUCCCUCCAGCCCCACUGAGUCACUCACCGUGGACCCUGCCCCUGAACAAUCAGGAACGUUGGCUUCAGAGAUGCCUCUUCCUUCCCUCUGGCCACUCCUGCACCCACUCCUCCUGGACACCCUCGUAGCCUGCCACCCCUCACCUGCAGCCAGGCUCUCAGGGAAGGUCCACGCUGCUUGGCCUGAGUUCAAGGCGUUCUGCCUGUGGCCUGGACUCCCGUGGACCCCCGUGGGCAGGUAGCUUCCCCGUGGCAUCCCCACACCACCUCUGCCUGCCCCUGUGGACUGAUGCUGUCACGCACCAUCCCAUGGCACCGCCCCGAGCUCCUGAAGCCAGGGUCUGAGCCGACAUCACCUCUGGCCUCUCAUCCCCUACUCUCCUGAGAGCCGUGGUCACAGCGGCCGGCCGCUCUGCUGAGAUGGCAGAGAGGCAGGUGCAGGCCUCAGCGGGGACAGCAGGGAUAAGGGCACGAAGGAAGGGGACUCGGCCCCUUCAGAAUUCCUCCAGACUCUCAGGUGCAGCUUUGCCAAAAAGGAACUUUUCACGCCAUGCGGCUGUGGGACUUAGUCUCAGUCCCAGGCUCCUCUUGACUCUGGGCAGCCGUAAUCAGGUUGGGCGGCCUCUGCCACAGCGUGGGGUGGGAUGGCUGUCUUUCCUCAACCACGCAGCUUGUGAGGACGGGUGGGGGAGUGGGAAGUGGGAAGUCACCAGAGAACAGGAGAGAGAGAUGAGAGCGAGACCCCAGCGCUCUCCACAGACCAGCCAGAGGGGCUGGAGCCAGACGUGCAUGGGUUCAAGGCCCUGGCCCUGCCCAGCCUCUGUCUCGGGGCCUCAGCCCCAGUUUCCCAAGAACAAGAUGUGACGGCGUCUGCCGCCGAAACCCUGAUGAGGACCAGGCCCCCUGCUCUGCGGUCAGCCUGAGGAAUUAAAGCUUUGGUGCUGGGAAGAGUAUUA